AUGGUAUCCAAAUCUGUCAUCAUCACCCUGAUUGAUGACACCAACAGCAGCGAGGUGCUGGAUGAGCUCUACAAGGUGACCAAGGAGUACACCCAAAACAAGAAGGAGGUAGAGAGGGUCAUCAAGAACCUCAUCAAGAUGGUCAUCAAGUUGGCUGUUCUCCACAGGAACAAUCAGUUCAAUCCAGACAAGGUGGUGCUGAUGGAGAAGUUCAAGAAGAAGGUUCACCAGCAUGCCAUGAUGGUGGUCAGCUUCCACCAUGUGGAAUACACCUUCGACCACAAUGUGCUGUCCAAGUUGCUGAAUGAGUGUCAAGAGGUGUUGCAUGACAUCAUUCAGCUCCAUCCUACUGCCUCGUCUCACAGACUGUUAAUGAUGUCUUUCAUUAUUUUUCAAAUUGCGGUUUUUUUGGCUACCUUGUAUAAUCCCUUUGAAAAAUUUAAACCUCACUUAUAG